AUUGUCGUCGUUGAAAUCCACAUGCGCAGUAGCACUUGCAAGUACUUUGAUUAUUUUUCAUUAUUUCUUUUUUUAAUUACUUCAUAUCAAAAUCACUCACUGUUCUUGCCCGGUCGUCGUUUCUCGACAGUUAGAGAGUCAACUCGUUAUGGAAGAGUUAACAAGUGGUGACAGGUAUAUCCGGCUGUGUUGAAAAGAAGUUUGCCUUGGACUAGCCACGGUUUACUCGUCGUUAUACGGCAGCACGCGUAAUGAGUAAAACGAGUGACUAACGUUUGUAUCAUCGAUUCAAUGAUACUGCGAGUAUUUGGUACUGAAAAAGCGGGAUGCGCCGACGCGUAUUCGCGUUUACAAAAUAAGAAAUUUUCGCUGAUUUUUCUUAACACGCAAAUUAUUUCUUUAAACGAUACUCAGGAGCGACCGAUUCGGAAAAGCCAACACACGGCGGAAUGUCAUUUGCAUUCUGGAUGUGGCGUCAGCUGCUGUUCAUCCAGUGAGCGAGCAUGCAAUAAAGCUACUUGUUUCCUUUGUUUACAUGCUGACCUCGGUAAACGUGAACAUCACGUGUCAUCAAUUACGUUUCCACUUGCAAAAUGUAACUGAACAUUCCAAGAGUUGUUCAAUUUAAGCAAUUAAUGUCUACAGAGUAUAUUUGUUUUUGGCUGCGGUCCACUUGACGCUACAAAUGCUUCGAAGCGUUUGAUCGACCAAUCGAAACAAAGAAUAUUAUGAAUUGACCAAUCAAAGAAUGCUUCGAAACGUUGCUUUGUAGCAUCAAGUGGACCGCAGCCUUAAUUUUAUGAAAGGAUUUUUGAGAGUUCCCCGAUAGUCCAGAAAUUUUAUUCAAAAUUCCAGGAAAAAUUAAAGAAUUUUUAAAUGCAGUUUUAAAAUAAAUUUACUUUAUUACACCUUUUUAUGUUCCUUAAUCCAUGCAAUAACAAAAAAUUACUCUUAAGUUUUGAAUAUUAAAAUUGAAAAGAAACUAAAACAAAUAUAGAAAAUAAAUACGGACAUACUUUGAAUUAUAGUAAUACACAGAUCUAUAGCUCACUAAAAAUAUAAAAACUGAAAAAUGAUUAAACACACAAAAUCAAUUUAGAACUAAAUAUGUAUUGUCUUCCACCGCCAUAAAAUGUAUGACCGCAAUGAGAUAAGAUCAAAACAAGUAGUAGGGAUAAAUAUCUUACAAAUAGGUUGAAUUUGCAUAUUUUCUAACUCUCUAUGCUUAUUUUAUAAUUACUUCAAAAAAUAAGAACUGUAACUUAGAAUAGACUCAAAACUGAACGCAAUGAGUUCAAACUGUCCGAAUACUACAACAGAAUCCUAUUUCCAAGUAAACUGAAAUAUAAAUCAUAUUUAAAUUCUUCAGAAUUUUAUUAGAAAUUUUAUUUUUAGUAAAACAAUUUACUGGUAAGUUCGUUAAGAAUACUAUUUGCAAAAGGUUUGGUUAUUUACGCGAUAGAAACUACUUAUAAAUACUUUUUGCAGAUUUUCAAGAAUUCUCGUAGAUUUUUGUUCUAAAAUUUGAAAUUACCGGCGAUCUUCUUAAGUACAAUGUGUAAAAUAUUACUUAUGAUUAUUAAUCAUAAAACAAUUAAAUAAAAUUUAACUGAAUUUUUAAAUCCUAUUAAACUUGAUAUCAUCUCCAAUCAUAAGCCAUGUUUAAUUAAAGUUAAUCAGCCUAAUUUAAUCCUCCUUCUUAUCUGUUUGCUAUCAUCACGUAUGAUACAGCACGUUUCGAUUUGUGUCUGUUCGUGCUGAAACCGAGAUGUUCUUCUAGAGACCGUAAAAAAGAGAAAAAUGAUAUAUAAAAGUCGCAGUUUUUUAAAUUUACUAUACUCUCUUUAUUCUAAGUGGUUCUAAGCAAGAAAGUAAGAUGAAAAUCUAUGUCUGCGCAAUCUUGUUGCUGGUAUGCGGGCUGACCAAUGCGGAACCAGCUACGCAAAUAAGAGGUAAAUGUUACUUUUGGGGCAAGCUUUAUGACGUAGGUGCACACACGUUUCAUCCGUGCAUGCAGAUUAUUUGUGAUAUCUACGGUCAAAUAACUUUUGUUAGCUGUCCUACAAUAAAUUGUAAUCCAGGUAUGGAAACUAUUGGUUUUAAAGGUGAGGAUAACAGUAAACCAUAUCCUCAAUGCUGUCCACAACCUAUUUGUAAGCCUAGUAAAAAUGUAAUCUACUACGAAGAUCCUCAUGCUUUAUCAGAGAUGUAAGACAAAUAUGAAUAACAAGACAUUCUUUAAUAUCUACAGAAGUAUAGUAAUAAAUAUUAAUUUUCCUAAAUUCAUUAAGUAUUCUGGUUUUCACUUUUUUAUUAUCCAUCGAAAUUGGAUAAAGAAUCGCGCAGCAUCACCUCUCACCUCACAUCAACGCACAAUUUAUCCAGUAUUCUUUGUUAAACACUGUUUUGCACUUCAGUUACACAAAAACACAAAAACACAAAAACUACCUUCUUCUCUCGAGUGGUCUCCGCUUUCCCAUAAUUUUCUCAAGUCGAAUGAAGAGAUGUAGCGUCUUCGGCCAAAUCCAGCAUGAUAUUAAACUCAAGUAAACGCCAAUUUCGCCCGAGACCAUUCGCUUGACCGAUUUUAACGGCCUCACAAUUCUUACUUGCCUACCAUUUAUUUUGCGGAGUAAGCGGAAAACUACAGUUUUCCUUUACCCUUUGAAGAAAGUGAAUAAACAUCGCUUUUGUACGAAUUAAUCUGAGCAUAAA